AUGGCAGAGCGAACGCCUCUGGGAUGGACCUGUGUCGGCCCCAUGCGAGAAAAAGGUCAAGUAUCCAGUCAGAUACGGACAGGAGCUCACGCCGUCACAGUAUCUGAGGAGGCUGGACUGGACAGAAUUCUUCGACAGUUCUGGGAGAUAGACAGUUUUCAGCCAAUGUCAGAUCGCAAGAGCCCUCUCACAACUGACGAAAAAAGUGCGGUGGCGCACGCCGAAGAAACGAUGGAGAUGCAAGACGGACGGUACGAAGUUGGCGUGCCCUGGAAAGGUCACACACCUGCUCUCAAUCAGAGAAGUAACAACAAGAGCGUGGCGCUGGCGAGGCUGCGAAGUUUGGAGGCCAGUCUGCUGAAGAAGCCAGACUUGAAGGACAAGUAUGAGGAAGUGAUCGCAUCGAAUCUAGAAAAGGGAUACGUCCGCAAGCUGGAGGAAUCUGACGUUGCCAUACAAAACGAGGCCUGCUGGUACCUGCCGCAUUUCCCAGUCGUAAGAGAAGACAAGCAAACCACAAAAGUGAGAUUUGUGAUGGAUGCCGCGUUCCAGGUUGGAGGACGCAGUCUGAACUCAGAAAUGCUGCCCGGACCAAAACUGCAAAAUGACAUCGUGGACCUGCUACUCAGGUUCAGACGAAGACCAGUUGCUCUGGUAGGAGACAUCAAGGAGAUGUUUAGCCAGAUCUGGUUGAAGGAGAGUGACAGAUGCUUCCACCGAUUCCUGUGGAGGAACAUGGAGUGUGAACGAGAGCCUGACGUAUAUGAGUCUACUAGGAUCAUAUUCGGUGGACGUGCUUCUCGCUUUCUGGCUCAGAAGGUUCUGCUGCACCAUGCCGAGAAAGAAAAAGAAGACUUUCCGCUGGCUGCCAACAUCAUCAAGGAAGAAACCUAUGUGGACGACGUGAUGACCUGUCUGGAGACAGAAGAGGAGGCCAGGCAGGCAAGAGAGGAGCUCACCCAGCUGCUAUCGAAGGGAGGAUUCUCGAUACGAAGAUGGUGCUCCAAUCGCUCAGCUCCUCUUGAUGGAGUCCCAGAUGAGGACAAGGUCACCAUCAAUCCAGACAGCUCCGGGCUGCCAACGACAAAAAUCCUGGGAAUUCAGUGGAACGCAGAGGCUGAUCAAUUUGUGUACGACGUCAUCACCCCGGAGAAGAUUGUGUACACAAAGAGAGGGGUGCUGUCCAAGGUGUGCACCAUCUUUGAUCCCAUUGGCUUCUUAGUCCCAUUCACGAUCAGAGCGAAGAUUGGAAUACAGCGCUGCUGGCAAGAAGGCAUCGGAUGGGACGAAGCAAUGCCAGCUGAUCUGCUAAAAUCCUGGCGUGGCUGGUUCCAGGAAGUGGAGGAGCUGCACCAGAUCAGCAUCCCACGCUGCUUACGCCCGGAUCGUCAAGACAUAUGUGAUGUAUCUCUGCAUACAUUUACUGAUGCAUCAGAAAAAGCAUUUGGAGCAGUGACGUACAUCAGGUACGUCUUCAGCGACGGAAGUGUGACAGUCACGUUCGUAGCUGCUAAGACAAGAGUAGCGCCACUGAGUGCUACCAGCAUCCCUCGUCUGGAGCUCAUGGGUGCGCAGGUGGGUGUACAGCUGAGCCAAAAGGUCGCCAUCUCGCUUCAAAUCCCAGUCGAGAACCACCACUUCUGGACUGACAGCAUGAAUGUCCUGGCAUGGAUAAAAUCUGAGUCACGACAGUUCAAGCCAUUCGUCGCCAACCGAAUCGCCAGCAUUCAGCAAGAAACCUGUCCAGAAUCUGACAAAGAACGAAGGAAGGUGAAGCUUUCCUUCCCCGCUCAGCAGCAGCAGACUGUCCUGAAUGAGACCAAGUUCUCUUCUCUGAAGCGCCUUCUGAGGAUUACAGCUUGGGUUAUCCGUUUCAGCAGCAACUGUCGAGCGGAUCAUGAGCACAAAAGGAGUGGAACGCUGACAGCCGAAGAGCUGCAAGUGGCAGAAAACUACUGGAUAAAGGUAACCCAGCAGCGGACUUUUCAAAAGGAACUGACUGACCUACAGAGCCAUGGAGUUGUUGACCGGUCCAGUAGCAUCGCCAGCCUCACGCCGCAGAUCUCUGAGACCGGUAUGCUCAGAGUGACGGGUCGUCUGCACAAUGCAGAUGUAACAGAUGAUGUGAAACAUCCACUCAUCCUGCCUCAGAAGAGCCACUUCACUCGACUGGUGAUACAAGACGCACAUGAACGGCUCAAACAUGCUGGUGUGAAUCACGUGCUCGCAGAGACGAGGCAGCGAUUCUGGAUCGUGAACGGACGGCAAGCGGUGAAAUCAUGGGACUUCCGCUGCAGCUACUGCCGAAGAAGACGAGCUUCACCGGGAGAGCAGAUCAUGGCCCCACUCCCAGAAUGUCGUCUGGGAAAUGAAAUGCGCGCCUUUGCCUGCUGUGGGGUCGAUUUCACUGGUCCGUACUUCACUAAGGUGACGUCCAGAACUACAGCCAAGCGAUACUUGUGUCUGUUCACGUGUAUGGCAACACGUGCAGUUCACCUGGAGAUGGCGGUUGAUUUGACCGCCGACGCAUUUCUUCUCGCCUUCUCUCGCAUGGUAGCAAGGAGAGGAAAGCCAAAGAUGAUCACAAGUGACAAUGGACGGAACUUCCUGGGAGCCAAAAUGGAGCUUAGUCGGAUCGAACAAGCGGCUCCUGAAAUCUCACGCAAGCUGGGUCAAGAAGGCAGGCUGUUCACGCUGGGCAAGACGGCCAUGUGCGGGUCGUAG